AAAACAAUAUUUCGGAAAUGUAACAAGUUUGAUUUUCUGGUUCCUUAUUGAAUCUACAACCUCAAGCACACAACGAAUGAAGGUUUAAGGACAAAGAAACUACCCAGGAGGCAUCCCUGCGCUAGCUGCUGAGACCCGGCUGUAGACCUCUGCUAGAGAGUCCUUACUCUGAAGACAUCACCAGUGUGUGGAGCCUGCCGCACACCCACCCCCUGCCAAACCACGGCCUUUACCUGUGUCUUUCGCUGUUUCCCGUGCGACCCAUCCUGUGGGAGUGCCUCGUGGGCUGCCCCAGAGUUCACCCCACGCUCCGCUGCACCGAUGGUGAAGAUGACAAGAUCCAAGACUUUUCAGGCAUACCUGCCCUCGUGCCACCGGACCUACAGCUGCAUUCACUGCAGAGCACACUUGGCCAAUCACGAUGAACUCAUUUCCAAGUCGUUCCAGGGAAGUCAAGGACGAGCAUACCUCUUUAACUCAGUAGUUAAUGUGGGCUGUGGGCCUGCAGAAGAGCGGGUGCUGCUAACAGGACUCCAUGCAGUUGCAGACAUUUACUGUGAAAACUGCAAAACCACUUUGGGCUGGAAAUACGAACACGCUUUUGAAAGCAGUCAGAAAUAUAAAGAAGGCAAAUACAUCAUUGAACUAGCGCACAUGAUCAAGGACAAUGGCUGGGACUGACCUGACAGCAUCCAUCUGGUCCAGCAUCCACACGAAUGCCAUCCAACUGAACAUUCUACCCAAGCGUGAGAGAGUGACUGAACACUUGGUUCCAUCCAUUUAGGGGCCUUGCCAUCAGGGGGCAUCCUCCCACCCUGACGCCAUCUUUCUGGGUGACUGGCCUCUAAAUCACUGUCUCUGUCUCUUUGCUUUGUAUCUGUUUGUGAGUUGAUCUUGGCUUCUCUGUUCUAGUGUUGGCUGAAAACAAAAUAACAAACAGAACAGAUCCUUGGCCACGUGGUGGCAGUCCACCUUGAAAAGAGAGCUGCCUAAUGGCCUCUUGUCAGAGCGGUAGCUUGUGGGCAUGAGGAAGAGCAAAGAUGGACCUGAGAGUCCUAGGGUUGGGGAAGGGGCAUGAGGGUAGCGGUAGAACAAAAAACUGUACUGCUCUUGGGGACCUACCUUGAAAUAAUUGACUCUUUUGAAAGGACAAAGAGAAAAAAAAUACCUCAUGGCUGUGUUCUCUCUGACAAACUUCUGUCCUGACAUCACAUGUGCCAGGAUAGCAGAUUAGCACAAGAAAUGGCCUGAUUGACGCUGACAAGGCAGACCCUGGCAUUCUGGGCCUGAGCUGGAGAAUGUCCUGCUAGUGUGGGGGGGGGGGGAGGAGGAGGAGAUAAAGACCACAUGGGUUUUAGUGACGUUGAUGCUCCCCUUCCCUGCUCCAACACCCCCCCCCCCCAAAUCUGGGCAAUCGCCUUGUUGCUCUUCUUUGCUGUUGUAGGUGAAGGGAGGGAUGAAAGAUGUAAAUGUCUCAUUUAGCCAUCAACACAGUGAAAUUGGUAAUGGAGGAAAGCCAGGGAGCGUGGGUUGCAGCCUAGGAGCAAGCAGGAAAAGUGAAAAUUGGGAACUAGUCAGCAGUUCUAUGGGAGUAAUGUAGCAGGGGAGAGGUUCUGGGAGGAACAGUUGAUGUGAGUCAGUACAGGCUCACACAUCUUUCCUCAGUACAGUAACUUCCAUGGGAUUAACAAAUCUCUGUGCAUAGUGGGUUUUUUGUUUAGUUUUCUUUUUUUUCCCCCUCCAGUUCCAUCAUAACCUGGGAAGCAAAGACCCACGAUUCCCUCAUGCCUCUAUUGUUCUUAGACCUGAUUUUUUUUAAUGUGGAGAGGCCCAACAGUGAGGAAGAAUUAUAAAUUCAAUAUUGCCCACUCACCUGUCUCCUGACUCAAGCUUCCUUGCAUUGGGGAUGGGGAGAAAAAUCCCUCAUUGCAUUGAAUCAACACUGGAUGUUUUACAGCAGUUCAGUUAUUAUGCGGCUCAUGGCCGAAAUCGUUUGAAUUCAUGUCAUUUCUUAGGCAGAAAAUAAUGUUAAAAUACACUCAUACUAGGUAAUUGUCAGCAUGAUUUCUCUAAGUAGGCUGGUCCUACAGGAAAAUUUCACCUCUUUAAAACAACCAAAUAAAAGAGUUCACGGCGAUCAGAAUUGAUUGACCCAGAUUAAAGCAGCUGACCCAGGACAUUUUCCAAAUCUCGUCUUCAGCAGAACUGAAUUCUAGCAGGAGAGAGCUGCGACUUUGCCCCCCUUGUCCUGAUCUGGGGAUGGAAGAACUGAGACUUGGCCCUGCUGGUGAUGCCAGGAGGGUGGCAGAAAGCAGGCCAGCUCUGUUGAGCAGCAGACUGCUCCUCUGAUGGGACACAAAAGGAUUCCUAGAAACAGGGUUUUGUUCCUCAAGUCUCCUUGUCCAGAGCCUUGGAUCACUAGCUCAACCUCCUACCCCCCCUGGGCUGCAGGGCUGACUGGGCCUCAGAAGAACAGAGUUUUGCUUCCUGAGAAACCACCCUGAGCCCCCCAGGCUCAAGUUCUCAGUGACACACAUUUCCACUUUCACAUUCCUAAGCGGGUUUGCCAGCUCUGGAGUCAUGCAUUGUCAUGCCCACCCCCCAACCCUGCCAGAGGGAAGUGGCCUUCAUUUAAGGAUUUGGUUAUAUACCCCUUUGCUCAGGGAAUAUCCCAGCUAUAUUAACUACAAGUUCCUCUUUUUUUUUUUAAAUGGAGGAUGGGGGUUAAAUAAACAUCUAUUUUCUUUAAAAACUAAAAUUAGUGACAGGUAGAACCCAGAUAUAUGAUGCCCUGCCAUUCUCAAGGGUCAGAGAAGGAGACCAGUGUGCCACUGUUUUUCCUCGGGGUGGGGUCCUUGAUCAUCUUGGAUCAGAGCAAGCUCCAGUAGGACCCGGAUUCUGGCUUUUUCUGGAAGAGCAUCUGGUAGGUGUUCAGCACCAUACUUGGUGCAGAAAUGGCAUGUAAUUAGUUUGGGGGUGGGACCAAACUUGUUAGGCUUGGCUCUGUGACAGUGACACCAAAAGUGCUUCUUAUGACCUCAGCUCCAUUCCUGGCUCCCUUAGCAGCAUUAGAGGGUCCACAGCUGAGCAGUGGAGACACACCCACUCAAGGCCUCGGUCAGUUUCUUUAUUUUCCUCACCAAAUUAUCAGCAUAACCAAAGACCUCAUCCAUUCGCCCCACAUAGAUAGGUUCAGGGAAUUGGAGUUGGUGUGGUGGACUUGGGCAGGGGUGGGUGCGUAGGGAAGAGAGAAAGGGAGGGCCCUGAAGUUCUGUACCUCAGCCACCAGCUGCCUUCGUUUUGAACUGAAGACUAGCUGACCAACUCUUUUCCAUCUCCCCUGUGCCAUGGCACCCUGGAGUAAUCCACCCCCCUUCCCUAUAUUUCCAUAGUCUGCUAAUGGGUGAAUCAGCGUGAGUCAAGUGUAGCCAAGCUUGAUGCCCACAGCUCUCAGCUGGGCCUGGCUGAGUACAGCCCUAGCACCUAUGACAGUCAAGUCAUGUAGAUAAAGUAAAUCUUUGCUGGUAGAUCAAUGUGUACAAAAACAGAGUCCCCUUUAUAAUAAAGUUUCCAAGUAUAUAUACAGUCUCUUGUGAAAUAUACUUUUUGUAAAUAAUAUUUAAUUUUUUAAAAUAAUAUAUUUGGUGCUGUAUUCUCAGACCCCUGAGAGGACUUUUAUUUUCAAUUCUAUGGCUUCCUCUGUGUUUCUUGAAAUAUAUUUUAAGGGAAAGAGUCAUCACCAAGAUUUUUAAAAAAUCUGUCUCUUUAAAAUGGAUUGAGGCUUUAAAACAUUUUUUUUGCAUUUUUUGUUUGGAUUUUGCCCCAGUUGAACAGACUGUAGUAAACUACCAGUUUGUGAACUGAUACUUUUUUGCCCAGCCUUGGCUGGAAAAGAAAAAAGUUUUAGUAGUAACAACUUGUAAUUACUGUAGUUGGGAGAACUUCUAAGAAAUUGGAAUGGUUGGGGUGUGUGUGUGUCUGUCUGUUUGUCUUCGUUCGUUCUGGAUUCUUCUGUUUCCUUUUCUACUGAGGAUACCAUAUGAACUACAGUUUACACCUUGGGCACAUAGUUUUCCCUCUCUGGUUUCCAUGUCUGAGUGGACCAAAAGCACAGAGCAGGAUUUUCUUUCUCUGAGAUGGAGCUGUGUGGCCAGUUCUUCCCCAGUUCCUUCCUCUGGGUGCUUAGCUUUUAGAGCUGGUAAAGCAAACCUAUGAAGAUGAGCCUGGAGUCAGGUACAUGCUUCUGAGAUGUGAGUGGAUCAGUCACACAUCCCGGGGUUGUUCUAGAACCAUGUCAUACUAAAUGUUAACUGGUUCAAGUUAAAAGGACAUUGAUAAGACAGUAGCUUUCCUUCCUCCCUCUCUCUCCCCCCUCCUCCAUCUCUCCCUCCCUCCCUCCCAAGGUCAGAUUGCUUUGGUUCAGGCAGAAGCUGGCAAAUCAAAUUUUGAACACAACUUUUGUAUUUCAAAAAAAAAAUCUGCCUCAAUGGACAAUACAUUCUAGUUUUGUGAGUAGAAAAAAUUGUUUUUGAAAUGAAAUGUACCAGAAUAAAAGAUAAAGCCAAGAAAGACAUUGUCUUUACAGAGUUAGUUCUGCCCAGUGUUUUACAGUGUUUUGGUGAAGGUGGGAGCGAGUUCCCUUUUCCUAACCUACAGAGACUGGUGUUACCACAGGUCUGUCUGUCUUGUAUUGUUGGGAUUGGAAUUGUUUUUGUUUUUCUUUGGUGGCAUUUUACACCCCUCUCCCCCAGGUCACUUUGCUUCAAAAACAAAGGCAAUUGUUUCUGAGUAAUUUGUCUUCACCUCUUUCCUGUAUCUGUACAUAAUGAUUCAGUAUUAGUGAGAAGUGCAUUGUUUGUCAUUUCCGAUCUGUGUUGGUGCUCAUUUGAGAAAAUAAAGUUUUCAAAUAUUAA